AUGUCUAGACUUUCAACCAGCCUUAAGGCAUUAAUUAAUGCUCCUGCCGCCCGCCCAUCCACCGUCCCCGCGCCAGCAAACAUAACCUCGGUCUACCAAAAGAUCCAAGAAACCGCGCAAUCCAAGAAGAUCUCGCAGCCAUCAUGGGUCGCACUAUCAUCCUUGGCAGCCCUCUACGAGCUAGCCAGCACCAACCCGGACAAGCGAGUCGAGACCGCCGAGCUCAUGCGCGAGGUCGGUCUAAAAUGCAUCAGUUUUAACGGUAUUCCACGCACUAUAAACUGCCUCAACGCCUUCAGAGCCAGCCUCCCAGACUCAGUCGGCAGCCAGCUCUCCCGCACCCCGACCCGCGCACCAACCCCCGAGAACAUCUCCGCGAUCAGUGACCGCGGCCACGCACUCUGGGAUUCUAUCUACCGGCCAUUCGAGAAGAAGCUAUAUGAUAAACUGGCCGAUUCGCACCCCGACCUGCCGGUGCACAUCCUGCACAGCAACUACGGUGCCCUGUUGUCUGAUCCGGAGCGUAGCACUGGCGCCUCUGCCGGGCGGAUUUUGACGUCUAUUAUUGCUGUCUCGUGUUUGCGCGCUCAAUCUGGUGUUGGACCCCAGGUCAUCUCGCAUGUAUUUGGGUUGCGGAAGGCGCUUGAGGAUGGCUCGUGGGUGAAUGAUGUCGAGGGAGAAGAGGCUGCGCGGUGGUUAGCUAGCGAUGAGGGGAAUACCUGGAUUUUGAAUAGCGUUGAUGCUAUUGUCGAGGCUAUUAGCCAGGGCGCCGGGUCGAACUUCGCUCCUGCACGCGCGAAGUUGUAA